AUCCACUCUGUUGAGUUUCCCAGCUGACAGGUUAAGCACGCGGUGAAAGAUCUCAGAGACUUGACAAUGGAUAUCGAUGAAGAUAUAGGUGAUUCUUCAACACCAGAGGCUCCAGCCACUAAAAUGUCCAGACAACAGAUAUUAACACUUAUUGCAAUGGCCUCCAUAAACUUCAGUUCAAUGAUCUGUUACUCCAUUCUGGGACCAUUUUUCCCAAAUGAGGCAAAGAAGAAAGGUGUCAGUCAAGCUAUGAUUGGUUUAAUAUUCGGAAUCUAUGCAUUAUGCACUUUGGUGGGCUCAUUGAUACUUGGUAAAUAUAUUGUCCAGAUAGGAGCCAAGUUUAUGAUUGUGGCAGGCUUGUUCGUAUCGAGCGGAUGCACUGUACUCUUCGGAUUUCUUGACCAAGUGUCUGAUGGGACAGUUUUCAUCGUGCUCUGUUUUAUCACACGGUGCAUAAAUGCAAUUGGCUUUUCCGCCGCCGUUACAUCAUCUUUUGCAGUUUCAGGAAAAGUUUUCCCCGACAACAUAGCGACUGUUUUGGGCUUCAUGGAGAUUUUUACAGGUCUUGGCCUGAUAUUGGGGCCUCCGUUGGGCGGCUGGCUCUAUCAGUCAUUUGGAUAUGAAAUCCCAUUCGUUUUCACAGGAUGUCUUCUGUUUGCGACCGUGCCUCUUAAUUUGUGGAUUUUACCAAGCUUUGAUGCUGUUCCUUCUUCCCAGAAUUCCUUCCUCAGAUUGUGUACCAGAAUAAAGAUCCUUCUCAUCUGCUUCGUGGUGUUCACGUUGAGUUCAGGACUUGGCUUCCUGGAUGCAACACUGUCCAUAUUUGCCAUAGAAAAGCUUAAUCUCAGUGCUGGUUCGGUGGGGCUACUCAUGAUUGGACUUUCACUGCCAUAUGGGGCGGCAUCACCCAUCUUUGGUGUGAUCAGUGAUAAAUAUCCUUCAAUUAGGAAAUGGAUGAUGGUGGUUGGAGGAAUGGCCACAGCGGUGAGCUUCUGUUUCCUCGGCCCACUUCCUGUUUUCCAUAUUAGAAGUCAGCUCUGGCUCACCGUCCUCAUGCUGAUCGUGGUGGGCUUUUCUCUCUGUAUGAGCUGUAUCCCCACCUUUGCUGAGAUGAUCGCUUGUGCACAUGAAAAUGGCUUUGAGGAGGGCAUGAGUACACUGGGGUUGGUGUCAGGCUUGUUCUCUGCAGUCUGGUCUGCUGGGAUGUUCUUUGGGCCAACUAUUGGAGGAUACAUCACACAAGCACUCAACUUUGAAUGGAGCGCAGGAGUUCAAGGCGCACUCGCCUUUCUCGCUGCCUUACUACAAGUAAUAUAUUUCACAAUAGAGGACAUACAAAAGAAGUCACAAAAGGCCAGCAGGACUGACGUGUCAUCAUCUCAAGGAGAAAAAUCCCCUCUUCUCCCUAAGACAGAUCAUCUCAGGGUUGACAUCAGCUGAAAUAAGCCCCUGCAAGCUUUUAAAUGGAAGAACAAACCUAAUCAUAUUGCUGCCAAAGACAGGUGAUGUGGGAUAUGAUUGACGGAUAACAAAUAAAGAACGCAGAGAAGGUCAGUUUAACAACAAAGAUGUCAUACAUGUAUUAUUUCAAGAUUAAUUGAACCUUUACGUAGGAGUUCAGUGAACAUUUACAAUGAAAAUGCAAAAGUCCUGUAAGAAGAUUGAAUUAAGAGAGAAGUAAUGCAUAAUAGGAACAAGAUGACAUGUACACUAAACAGAUCUCAGAUGUGCCUUUUCUAAUAAACACUUAACAGCGUUUAUUUUUUUUGACUUAUUAGGGCUUAUUUAUUGUGUUUAGUAACUUUGAUUAACAUGAGAUGUAAUAUCAUCCAUUCUAAAAAAAAA